CCGGGCGGGAUGCCGCGGCCCCCGCUGGCCCUGCAGGUGGUGACCAUCGCCCUGGUGCUGCUCAUCUGCGGCGUGGGCAUCGCGGGCAACGCCAUGGUGGUCCUGGUGGUGGCCCGGAGCCGGCAGCUGGCGACGGCCACCAACUGCUACCUGGUGAGCCUGGCGGCGGCCGACCUGCUGGUCCUGCUGGCCGCCGGCCUGCCCAACAUCUCCGAGGUGCUGGCCGCCUGGGUCUUCGGCCGGGCCGGCUGCCUGGGCCUCACCUACUUGCAGUACCUGGGCGUCAACGCCUCCACCUGCUCCAUCGCGGCCUUCACGGUGGAGCGCUACCUGGCCAUCUGCCACCCGCUCCGGGCGCAGUGCCUGGGCACCGUGGCCCGCGCCAGGCGCGUGGUGGCCCUGCUGUGGCUGGGCACGGGGGGCUACUGCCUGGUCUGGCUGUUCCUGGCGGGCACGGAGGAGGUGGUCUUCGCCGACGGGGUCCGCGUGCUCUGCGGCUACCGCGUUUCCCGCUCCCUCUACCUGCCCAUCUACUUCUUGGACUUCGCCCUCUUCUACGCGCUCCCGCUGGGCCUGGCCGCCGUCCUCUACGGGCUCGUCGCCCGCAUCCUCGCCCUGGGGCCCCCGACGGCCGGGGCCGCCUCCGCCGGGGCGCCCCCGGGGCCCCGCCGCCGGCCCCGCCGGGCCCAGGGCGCCCUGAGCUCCCGGAAGCAGGUCACCAAAAUGCUGGCCGUGGUGGUGAUCCUGUUCGCCCUGCUCUGGUUGCCGUACCGCACUUUGGUGGUGGUCAACUCCUUCCUCAACAGCCCCUACCUGAACAUCUGGUUCCUGCUCUUCUGCCGGAUCUGCAUCUACCUGAACAGCGCCAUCAACCCCAUCAUCUACAACCUGAUGUCUCAGAAGUUCCGGGCGGCCUUCCAGAGGCUUUGCAGGCGCGAUGGUGGGCGGCGGAGGCGGCAGCCCGAGACCCCGGCCCAGUGCGACGUCCCCGUCCUCUACAGCGUCACGAAGGGGGGUUCUCACCACAGCUCUGGCCACGACCUCCCUCCUGACCUCAAGGGGCCCGACGGCUUCCCGGAGACCACCCCGGCCGAGAGCCGGGCGUUCAGAUAGGACGGAGCCCGGGGGGCCUUGGGGCCGGGGAGGGAUGGGGUUCGUUGACCGUUUCCUUCCUCCCUUCCUCCCCCCUGUGCCGUCCCAAGUGAACCUGAUGAAUCCACGGAACGGUCCCCUCUCCCACCCUCCUCAACGGGUGAGCAGGAGCAGCAUGGAAAUGUAUCUAAUUCAUGCAUGAAAUGAGAAUGUCGGGGUUGGGGCUUUAGGGAGGUGGGAGGAAGGACUGUGGUAAAAAGGGUACGUUGGGUGACUGGGAGUCCCCUGUCAGUGUAAAAUUUCCUUCUGGGAAGACCAGGGUGGGGUCAAUAGGCAGGGAAGACCUCUA